UCUCUUUCGUUUGCUAUAUUUCUGGUUGGUGUAUUUUUUUGUUUCACAGUUUAGCUGAUAAGUAGGUACACUUUCCAACUAAUACCCUACCUUCUUCUUAAGAUGUAGUAAUAAAAAUAAUUAAAAAUGAAUAAAUUAAUUAAUUAAUAAAGACUUGAAAAGCACUUAUAAGCACAGCCUAUGUAUGUGUUUCAUUCCAUCCCUGCUCUUUGCAGACGCUCCCUAACAUACACAGUCUGCAGUUUGCAGACAAUCCCUAGCAGGCAUAGUCAGUCCUUGCACAGUGCCGGGCUUUAUAAUAACUCCAGUGGGGGAGCCUGACGGUGAAGGACCCCUCUGGAUUGGUGUGCUGAAGGAGGGCUACAAUUUUUUCCCCCCUCAGCAACUUCCCAAUAAGUCUUUUCAUCACAGCGGCACACUUCCUUAGAAUCAGUCACUACCUAGUAACGUCACAUAUGGGGGCAGCUCCAAAGCCGACAGAGGGGGCAGGACUUCAGCAGACUUGAUGGUGGGGGCCGUGUGUGAGAAGAAAAGGAGGAACUCUCUGCUGCUGAUCAGCGUAUGGAGCUGCUGCCGCUCACAGGAAACCAAAGCAUCUCCUUCACAUUCCUCACCGGAAUAUUAGAAGAAAAAAAAUCUCGGUCAGCAAAGUGCAGCCCCUGUAAAAGUGUUGCCUGGAUCCAAUGGACCCACCUGGACCCAUGGUAGGACCAGCCCUGUCAGAGGUUCAUACAGAGAGACGUGGUGGGGACGAUGAGGAGGAGUAUGAUUACGAUAUCAGCGAUGAAGAGUGGAGUCGAGGUAGGGCCAGAACAUCUGUCAAACGUUCCAGAGAUGGAGAAGAACAGGCACAGUGCCGUCUCUGCAAACGGAAAGUAAAGAGAGGCCAGGGCCCGAGUUAUGGAACUACAUCUCUACGUAAGCACAUGGAGCGGCAUCACAAGGCAGAGUGGGACAAUCGAGAUGACCCACAAUGUGAAGAAAACCUUGCACUUGCUGCUGCGGUAACUCCAAAUCUCUCUUAUCUGUCUAGCAGCCAAGCCUCGUCCACAGGCAGUGCAUUAUCUGUCUUGUCAUCAUCACUGUCUUGUCCUACUUUUCUAUCACAUCAGCUAUCUAUGGGGGAAUUUAUGCCAUACAGACAACAUUAUUCACCCAGUCACCCUGUUGUCAUGCGGCUUAAUUCACACCUGGCUAAGUUGUUGGUGGUGCAGGGACUUCCAUACCAUCUUGUUGACUCCAUCGCCUUUAGAGAACUAAUGGGGUGUGCCCAGCCCCGGUGGCGCAUACCCAGUCGCCAUUACUUCUCCAAAAAAGCUGUCCCCGCUUUGCACUAUCAUGUGGAGGAGAGGGUGGGCCACUCCAUGCAGUUGUCGGUGUGCAGCACAGUGCAUGUCACGGUAGAUACUUGGAGUAAUAGCUAUGGCCAGGGCCAAUAUAUGUCUUUUACAGCCCACUGGGUCAACAUCUUGCAGUACGAGGCUCCACCAAAACGAGGCAAGGAAAUUGUAGUGACACCUCCACGGUUAGGCAGAUCUGGUUCAACUUUAGACAACUACCACCUAUCCUCCUCCUCCUCAUCAAGGUCCUCCUCCACUGAAAAUCUCCAGGCCCCCACAGGACAUAGUGUUGCUUACCCUCCUCCCUCCUUUCAUCAGUGCAAAGUCAAGCACUGCCAUGCUGUAUUAAAUCUGCUAAGCCUGGGCGAGAAAAGCCAUACAGCAGAGGAGUUGCUGCCCUGUCUGCAGCAGGAACUUUCACACUGGUUAUCUGCUCGUAAUCUGAGAUUGGGAAAUGUGGUAGCUGAAACCAGCACAAACAUUGUGGCAGCGCUUCGUCUAGGUGGCAUGACACACUCUCCCUGUAUUGCACAUGUGUUAAAUCAUGUUGUAAAACGUUUCUUAAAAAGAUUUGUUGGUCUGAGUGGUGUGCUGGCUAAGUGCAGGAAAGUUUGUGUUCAAUUUAGCCAUUCUUACACCUUUAAGCACGCCCUCCUAGACUUACAGCGCCAAAAUGGUCUUCCCCAACAACGCCUAAUUUGUGAUGCUCCAACACGGUUGAACUCAACCUUACACAUGUUGGACCGUCUGUACCAGCAGCGGAAAGCAGUGACAGAUUACCUAAUGCAGCAGACAGACAACUUCUUUUGGAGCCAGUGUGACUUUCAGCUCUGGCAUUGGCAACUAAUCAGAGACACCUGUCGUGUGCUCAGGCCUUUUGAAGAGGCCACAAGGUUUGUCAGCAGGGACAACAGUGGAAUUAAUGAUGUUAUGCCACUGAUAUUUCUUCUGGAGCAAACACUCGCAGUGAUGAUUGAGCAAGGAGGGAUGGAGGAAGGUUCACAUCUGGCUAGCAGCAGUAUAGAUGGUCUUCUUAAGGAGAAGUUUGAGGAGGAGGAUGAGGAAGUGGUACCUGAGGAGGAGUUAGAGAUGGAAUCUGUUGAAGAAAUAGGGGACAAGGAACCUACACAAGAUGACAGUGAUGAUGAUGAUGACGAUGACCAGCCAUGGCAGUAUGGGACAGAGACAGAACCAGCUAGGCCUUCGGAAAGACUGGCAAAGAUGGCAAGCUGUAUGCUAUCUUGCUUGCGCACUGACAGCCGUAUACUGAGCAUGAAGGAAAGAGAUGAGUACUGGAUAGCCACAUUUUUGGACCCUCGAUAUAAAGCCAAAAUGGGGGAAUUUUUUCCAAGUUCAGAGAGGGAGGCUAAAUUAGAUUUUUAUAAGGACAAGCUAUGCAGCCAGCUUACCACAGCUUUCCAACAGAAAACUCCUGCAGAUCGGGGGUCCAGUCUCCAUUCCACUGCCUCUGCAAGUGCUAUCCCUGCAAAAGGCAGCAGCAGCUGCAGCAUGUUCACGUUGGAGUACAUGAUGACAAAGUUUUUACAUCCAGUAGUGCAACCUGGUAUGAAUCAUCACCAAAGAAAUGUUCACCACCACCUGAACAACCAAGUUGAUGCAUACCUGAGCAGUGCCCUUUCUCUGCCAGACACCAUGAGCCCAGAUCCCAUGGAUUUCUGGGUUACCAGAUUAGACCAUUGGCCAGAACUUGCCCAGUUUGCCAUGGGUGUUCUGUCAUGCCCACCCUCCAGUGUAGCAUCAGAGAGAGUGUUCAACGUUUCUACCCCUAACCGAACAAGACUGUCUGCCAACAAUGUGGAAAAACACACAUUUGUUCAAAUGAAUCAGGAAUGGAUCAGUGAGGAAUUUAAACCUCCUGUGCCAGAUGCCACUGAUUAGACAAUACUACCACCACGCCUGUUGUCCACUGGCUACAACUACCACCAGUCAAGCCUUGCCUACUGUUCACUGGCUACAACUACCACCAGUCCACCACAUACUGCUGUCUGCUGGCUAUCACUAGUCCACUACCACCUGCUGUCUGCUGGCUAUAACUACCACUAGUACACCAGUGCCUGCUGUCCGCUGGGUUUAACGACCACCAGUCCGCAACCCCUGCUGUCCAUUGACUACAACUACCAUUUGUCCACUACCAUCUGUUGUCCGAUGGUUGCAACUACCACUAGUUCACCACCACCUGUUGUCCACUGGCUACAGUUAUCACUAGUCCACCCCCGCCUUCUGUACUCUGGCUACAACUACUACUAGUCCACUACAACCUGCUGUCUGCUGGCUACAACUACCACUACUGCCUGCUGGCUAUAACUACCACUAGUCCACCACCGCCUUCUGUCCGCUGGAUACAUCUUCCACUAGUCCACCACCACCUGCUGUCUGCUGGCUACAACUUCAACUUGUCCACUACCGCCUACUGUCCGGUGGAUACAACUACCACUAGUCCACCACCGUCUGCUGUCCACUGGAUACAACUACCACUAAUUCACCCCUGUCUGCUGUCUACAACAACCACCAGUCCACCACCACCUGCUGUCCACUGACUACAGUUACCAUUAUUCCCCCACUAACUGCUGUCCAUUGUUUACAACUACAACAAGUCCACCACCCCUGCUGUUCACUGGCUACAAUUACCACCAGACAACCAGCUCUGCUACUGCCCACUACUACUGGGCCUACUUACGCUAAGAUCCUAGUCCUGUGUCCUUUACUUUGUGUUUAACUGUACUGCUGCAGUUACUUCUACCACGACCCUUACUUCUGCCACUACCAGGCCAACACAUUCCCAAACCAUGAUCCCCCCCCAAAAAAGGAAUACUUUAUUUCGGCUUAUCAUUUCUACAAAAACUAUUUCUUCUUCACUUUUCAGAACACCAAUCUUGUGUUUCGGAACACUUGGAAAAAGCCAUUGGGGUUUAUUUACUAACGUGAUCCCGACUCUUUUUUGCCGGGUUUUGCGCCCAAAUUGUGCGACACAAUUUGCGACCAAAAAAACCAAAACUCUUCAUUUUACAAGGAAAACCCCCAAAUGGGGCGUGGCCACAUGAUAAAGUGGGCGUGGUCCCGACAGUUUUGUAAAAUCCCAACAUAUUUACUAAGGUUUCCACAGAAAAAGUGUUGUAUUUGAGCUGAGAAAACCCUGACAGAUCAGAACAGUUGUAAAAAAAAGCAAAAUGUAGGGAAAAGUGCAAAAUGUAGGGAAACCUUAGUAAAUACCUUGGGAAAAUACCAGUGGGAAAUCAAAACCCACAAAGAAACCUACACUCCACUCUUAGUAAAUAAACCCCAUUGUGUCUUAACCUGCCAGCCACAAAACUUGUUGCAGCUUUCAAAUAGGGAGAAUUUUUUAAUGCAUUGCUUCUUCAUAAACCUCUGUGUGCAUUUUAACACGAGCAUCUGCCAACAAAAAAAGAGAUACUUUUUUAAUCUUCAUUUAAUUUUAAAAAGCAUACAAAAUCCACCAGAGUAGUGUGUUUUUAAACAAACUGUAAGUCACCAUAGGUUACCGCAUGUUGCUGUAUUUUUGACAUAAAAAAAACACUUUAAAAUGACUUGAAUACAUUCCAAGGUGACCCAAAAGUGUUAUACUUGAGUUUAAAGAGUUACUUAAUGCCAGGUUUGGUUAGAGCUUAUUUGCCACACACCAAAACGUUUUGGAAAUGUUCAGUGAACCUGUAGCACUAAGCUUUUAGAAACUUUGCUUAUCUCUAUUGGAUAUGUUAAUUUGCCUAAGUUGGGUCCAUCUGUUUGAAGCCUUUCUCUGGGGAUUUUUCUAUUGUCUGCCUUGUUUGAUUAUUGGUUGCGGCACAAAAAGCAUUGAUAUAAUCAGAAUUCUUCAUAGAAGAAGAGUUUGUAUCCAAAGGAUAGGGGAUAAGAUGUCUGAUUGAGGGGGUUCCACCGCUGGGGACCCCCGCGAUCUCCCUGCUGCACCUGGCGUUCACUUAGAGUGUCGUUUGCAGUGCCGGAGGCUUGUGAUGUCACGGUCACGCCCCCUCAAUGCAAGUCUAUGGGAGGAACGUCACGCCCCCUCCCAUAGACUUACAUUGAGGGGGCAUGGCCGUGACAUCACAAGCCUCCACCCGCAUCAACAGUCAUCUGGCACGGAGCGAAGUUGCAUCGGAUGUCUGGGGUGCCGCAGCCAAGAUCGCAGGGGUCCCCAGCAGCGGGACCCUUCCAAUCAGACAUCUUAUCCCCAUGCUUUGGAUAGGAUAUAAGAUGUCUAGGGGUGGAGUACCCCUUUAAGUCCCCCUGCGAGGCGUCCUGAUUCCACACCCUUUUCUGCGAUGUUGUUAUAUAUCUCCAAAUUUGUGUCUCAAAAUAUCUGCUAUCUACGCUCUCUGUCUAGUAUUUUGUUUAAAAUUGAAUAAAAAAAAUAAUAAUUAAAAGUUUAAAAAAAAGUUCCUAUUAAAAAACAUAUGUACAUAAUAAAAUAGCUUAAGUAAACACAUAAGUAGUUUCAUUAUUGUUCUAAUGAUAGAUUUUCUGCUGCCACUUGACCUUGAAGCUUCUGGCAAGGUAUUGAAUGGCUAAAUUCCAAUUGAAUCUAGACCUUAUCAAUCCAUUUUUCUGGACGUUCCAAGGGGCUACCUGUCUCUUCCUCUUUCCAGAUGAAUUAAUGAAAAAUACGCAAAAGGUAAAGUAAAGGCACAUUCCGCUGAUUGACAGUUACCCUUUAUUGAUCACAUUGAGUUUGUGUGGCCCAAGUUAUUCCAUACUCCAUACUCUUGCAAAGAAGUGCCAAGCAGACUUGUACUUAAAGGGGUUAUCCAGGAAAAAACUUUUUUUUUAU